AUGUCAGAGCAAGCGCCGAAUGUGAACUGCACAUACCCUUACUCGGGCGCGAACUGCACCUUGACAUUCGCCGACGAGCUCGGCGGGAUUUGGACGGCGUGUGAAGCAGUCUCGCUCAGCGUCUUUGGCAUUCUGUCCACCGUUGGCCUGUUCAUCUCACUCAGCAUGGUUCGCAAGGAUGGAUUCCAGUUCUCUGGUGAUCACAGGCUCGUGCACCUCUCAACCCUGUUGAGCAUUCUGAGCGUGGUCCGAUGCGUGGAUGGCAAUGGAUGGGCCGCAACCUACCCGUUCUGGUUCGGCUUGCUUCUCUACGAUAUUGGUGGAUGCAUCGUCUUCUCCAUUUGGCUCAACGUCGUCUACUCGUGGGCGCUAUUUCUCUGCCGGGUCGUCUUGACACGUUCCCAAAAGUUUGCUCGCGCUGCCAAGUAUGCCUUCCGAGCCUCCCUCAUCUUCGUAUGGACGUUGCAGCCCUUGGCCACCCUCAUUGCGUUCGUCCACCACCCUUUCUAUAUCGGCAAGUGCAUGCACUAUGUCUUUUCGCUCAUUAUUUUGGGAGUUUGGAUGAGCGGCGAAAUUUGCUCGUGCUUCUUGAUCCACCGAGUCCUCAUGGACGCCCAGCGGCGAUAUGGACAAGACCGCACGGGUGUCUAUACCUCAAAAGACGCCGAGAGCGUGACGGUGCCACCAAGUGCGGCCGACCCUGAAGAAAAGAAAGAGGAAGGCAUGGCAAGUCGGCGACGUCGCAUGGCCGUGCGUCGCAUCCACCGCCUGAAUCUAAUUCUCAUUUUCAUUGAGAUUCUGGCCAUUUUCGCCAUGGCGUACUCGCUCUCCAAUUGGCUGGACUCGCAGUAUGGCUUGGAACCGCCGAAUGUCAUUCCGCUGCCAACUCCUGGUGGCGUGUUCUUCGAGUAUGUCUUGGAUAUCGUCUUUGCGCUGAUUGCCACAACCAUGUUUUGGUUCUUCCGGCCAUCUCGCAACCGUCGAAGGUCGGAUGCAAACGCUCGCGGUGCCGAUCUUGACAAUUCGAGCCAUAGCCAGAGCCACAACGAGAGCCACAACGAGGUCGAAUCGCCGCGGGGACAGUUCCGCAAAGCCUCGACAGGCCCAAUGUCAAUGUCACUUGUCGGUAUUGGCCCUUCAUCCAAAUUCACCAGCCAGGCAGAACUGUCCGAGCCUGAAGUUGUUCAAGUGAGCGAGGAAGUUGUUCAAGUGAGUGAGGUUUCUUCGGAACAGAAAAAUUGA